GUACGCUGCGAUCGCCAACCCUGCCAUGAGAGAGCCAGCGCCCUUUGUCGGUCGCGCGGCAUUCUCGUUCCCAGCGGGUGUUGAUUGGGAUGAAUCUGUCGGUGUUGAUGUUGGUGUGGCGCUGGACCCACUCGGCCCUGCGCCUGUGGUUGCACUCAUUUUCUCCAUACCUGCGGUAACGAUGACCUGGUAUGUGCUGAAUAUGUCCUGAAAUGUUGAGAGUGUGGUGCUCGUCCGUCCAAUCUCCGAGUCUGAACCAGAUUCCGUGCACCAUGCAGGCCGUGUGCGCGAGGAGACUGGGCGGAUGGUGAAUGUUGCUGUCAGGGUUUCUACGCCGCCCGAUUGACUCCCUCUUGGUGGGUAUGUGUGCGUUCUUGUGUAGUAGUCAUAAGACGUUCCGUUCCUUGUUCUCGGUUGCCCGCACUGUAUUAUAGACCCGUAAUUUGCGCCGUACGAUAUCAUGCAGGCAGCAUCGACCUGGUCGCUUGCCGUCUUCGUGCAGGCGUAUUUCAAUACAUUGGCAUCUCCAGUGGCGUCGCCCCUGCCCCCGAAGUUCCUCUCCGCGCUGACCUCAUAAUAGUCAGGGGCGACGGUGAUUGUUUGUGCAGUGGACAUGAGGCCAAGGGCUACCUGAUCCGUACCGUUGUCGGGGGUUAUGGCCAUCGUGGUGUGGCCAUUCUUAACGUCGACGAUUGAUGCUAGCCAGCCUAUCUUGUCGGUCCCGUACCCCCACCCAAUCAUCCACACGGAGGUUGUAACCUGCGCAGAAGCACUGGCGGCAAGAGCAAGAAUGGUGAGUUUGGUGGUCAAAUACAUUGUGUAUACGAACGUCAUAGCAAUUCAGCCUGGGCCUAGCAAGGAAUUCCAUCGUACUUUGCCCAACAAAGCAUUUGCCAAGGUUUCCAAGCCGCUUCCAGUGCCGUUGUGGGGGCCGAAAUCGACUGCGCCUUGCCACGUGAACAUACUUCGCGGGGCGACUGCCAUUCACCCCACAAGUCUAGGAACGCGGCAUGUCGAUCUGGAAAAUCUGGGGGCUUGUGGUGUGGCUAUGUGCCCAUCACAAGUUUUUUUCUCCUGGCUAGCAUGUUGA